AUGGUUGUGCUUUACCAGGAAAAUGGACAUAGUAUUUGUGCAACAGCAAAUAAGUAUGAAAUUGAGCCAAAACAGUAUCCACGACUUGAGGAUGAACUUUUGGAGUGGUUUUGUGAAUUAAGAAAGUAG